UGACAUGUCGACCAAUCAGAGUGAAGAACAGACUUCCGCCUUGCUCUAUUUAAAAGGGCUCAGCUUGACAGUUUGCUUAAUGUUCAGACGACGUCGGCUGCUGUUUAACUCUCCAAACUUUAUAUACUUUCCUCACAAAGUUGUGCUUCAGGAAACAUGAGGGAGUGUAUCUCCGUGCACGUUGGUCAAGCAGGUGUCCAAAUAGGAAAUGCCUGUUGGGAGCUCUUCUGUCUGGAACAUGGAAUUCAGGCAAACGGACAGUUGUCCAGUGACAAGACAAUUGGGGAGACAGAUGAUUCCUUCGCCACCUUUUUUAGUCAGACCGGAGCUGGAAAAUAUGUCCCCAGAGCAGUUUUUGUGGACUUGGAGCCUACGGUCAUUGAUGAGGUUCGUACAGGAACCUAUCGGCAACUUUUCCACCCUGAUCAGCUGAUCUCUGGAAAAGAAGAUGCUGCGAACAACUACGCCCGUGGUCACUACACAAUUGGCAAAGAGAUCAUUGAGCUGGUGCUGGACAGAAUCCGUAAACUGGCGGACCAGUGCACCGGUCUUCAAGGCUUUCUGAUUUUCCACAGCUUCGGUGGCGGUACCGGUUCUGGUUUCACCUCCCUGUUGAUGGAGCGCCUGUCCGUGGACUACGGCAAGAAGUCCAAGCUGGAGUUCUCGGUCUACCCAGCUCCCCAGGUGUCCACUGCUGUGGUGGAGCCCUACAACUCCAUCCUGACCACACACACCACCUUGGAGCACUCGGACUGCGCCUUCAUGGUGGAUAACGAGGCCAUCUACGACAUCUGCCGCAGGAAUCUGGACAUCGAGCGUCCGUCUUACACCAACCUGAACAGGUUAAUCAGUCAGAUUGUUUCCUCGGUCACCGCGUCCCUGCGCUUCGACGGCGCCCUCAACGUCGAUCUGAUGGAGUUCCAGACCAACCUGGUGCCGUAUCCCCGCAUCCACUUCCCCUUGGUCACCUACGCGCCCAUCAUCUCCGCGGAGAAGGCCUACCACGAGCAACUCACCGUCACCGAAAUCACCAACUCCUGCUUCGAGCCGGCCAACCAGAUGGUGAAAUGUGACCCUCGUCACGGCAAGUACAUGGCGUGCUGCCUUCUGUACCGCGGCGACGUGGUGCCCAAAGAAGUCAACUCGGCAAUCAUCACCAUCAAAUCCAAGCGCUCGGUCCAGUUCGUGGACUGGUGCCCCACCGGCUUCAAGGUGGGCAUCAACUACCAGCCGCCCACCGUGGUCCCUGGCGGGGAUCUGGCCAGGGUCCAGAGGGCCGUGUGCAUGCUGAGCAACACCACCGCCAUCGCCGAGGCCUGGGCGCGGCUGGACCACAAGUUUGACCUCAUGUACGCCAAGCGCGCCUUCGUCCACUGGUACGUGGGCGAGGGCAUGGAGGAAGGGGAGUUCUCAGAAGCCAGGGAGGACAUGGCCGCUCUGGAGAAAGAUUACGAGGAGGUCGGCGUCGACUCCGUGGAUGACCAGGAAGAGGAAGAAUAUUAAGUGGCACGAACGCACUUAAUGUUUGGGUAACUAAGAUAUUACUUUUGUUGUUGUUGUUGUUGGCUUUUAAAAAGUUGAUAGUUGACUGCUUCGUACACUGCAAUGUGGUAACUUAUAUUUUUACCAAAGAUACCAUGCAAACCAAAGAAAUGUAAUAAAAUGUUAACAAAUCCA